AUGCAAACAGCUGGUCUCAUUGCUGGUGGAACUACUCUUGUAUUGGCAGCUUUGGCAAUGAAAUAUCCUGAUCGUCCUAUCUUUACUGAAAGUCGAGAUGAUAUUCCAUCUAGCGGUACCUAUCCUUUAAUUGGUAUUACUCCCAAGAUAUUCAGAAAUAAGGAAACUAUACAUCAUUUCUUUUUAGAAGGAUUUGAAAAAUUGGAUUCUUUGACUACUACUGCUGCUGGUAUUGGUAUGCCUCGAUCUGUUAUAACUAUUGAUCCUCGAAAUGUUGAACAUAUCUUGAAACAUAAUUUUGAAAACUAUGUAAAGGGACCCAUGUUAAAUGACACAUCCAGCGAUCUUUUGGGACAUGGUAUCUUCAAUGCAAAUGGUGAGGUUUGGAAGUAUCAAAGAAAGACGGCUUCUUUGAUUUUCAAUGUCAAGAAUUUCCGUGAUCAUUUCACAGAAGUUUUUGUACGACAUAUCCAUUACAUGGGCAAACAUAUCUUUGAUCCUGCUAUUCAAACUGGUACUCCUGUGGAUUUUCAUGAUGUGAUGUUCAAGUUUACAUUGGACUCUUUUGUAGAACUCAGUUUUGGUGUAGAAUUACAUGCACUAGGAAGUAAAGAGAAAGUACCAUUUGCAUCAUCAUUUGAUGCUUGUCAACUGAAUGUGUUCCAGCGAUUUGUCAAUCCUGCAUACAAGAUCACGGAAGCACUCAGCGGAAUAUUGAUGCCGUGGAGAACAACAAUUCAACAACAUUUGGACACAAUGGAUGAAUUUGCCUUUGGUGUGAUUGAAAAACGACGAAAGCAACUGGCGAAUGGGGAAGAAUAUGGUGAUCUACUCUCUCGGUUUAUGUCGGCCAAAAAUGAAAAAGGGGAACCUCUCGGCAACAAGGAACUUCGUGAUGUGGUGCUUAACUUUGUCAUUGCUGGAAGAGACACAACUGCUCAAGCAUUAUCUUGGACUUUUUACUCGCUCAUGACCAAUCCACAGGUGGAAAAGAAACUACUGGAAGAAGUACAAGAAAAUAUCACCGAUGAUUUGGAAAACGACCCCUCUGCUUUAUAUGAAGUCAUUAAAGGGAUGAAAUAUACCAAUGCUGUUCUCAAUGAAGUAUUACGACUUUAUCCAUCUGUACCAGCCAAUCAAAAAUACGCCUUGGAUGAUGACAUUUGGCCCGAUGGAACAAGAAUCAAAAAGAAUGACUAUGUUGUCUGGAGUCCAUGGUCUCAAGGUAGAUCCACAAAGGUAUGGGGCGAUGAUGCAAAGGAAUUCAAACCGGAACGUUGGCUUACCCCUGAAGGCGACAUUCGCCGUGAAUCUCCUGGAAAAUGGCCUGCUUUCCAUGCUGGUCCAAGAACUUGUUUAGGUCAAAAUCUUGCCACUUUGGAAGCAGUUGUUUGUAUUGUAAAUUUGGUUCGGCAAUAUGAAUUUUCUCUAGUACCAAAUCAAGAUAUCACCUAUCAAGUCUCUUUGACACUUCCAAUGAAAAACGGUAUGAAUGUCUAUAUCAAGCGUCGAAAGUAA